AGCUGGUUUUUGUGAGACUCAUGGAGCGGGAGUCGGCUGCAAAGGUGAUGGCGGCCCUUGGCGCGCUGGCGAGCGGUUCCGAGGCCUUCGUGGCUUCCUCGCGCGCGCGCGGAGUGUCCGGCCCACCCACAGUGCCCAGCACCGGAGCGGCCCCGGCACCGCGGCCUCAUGGCGCUGGCCGAGUUUCAGGCGCUCCUGUGGGCCUCGCGGCCAUUGGCGGCAUUGGCGGCAUUUGGAGCCGCAGGGCGCGGAAGCCGUUGAAAAAACGGCUGGUGGCUGCAGCCCUGCCGGAGAGCGCGGACUUCCUGCACCACGUGGCGCAAAUGUGGAACCACGGGGGUCAGGCCGAGUUUGUGCAGCAGGCACAGCAACUGUGGCAGCAUGCUGCGCAGCAUGCUGGGGAUCAGUCUAUGCCUCAUGCCGCGGAUGUUGCUGCAGCUUGGCAGCAGUGGGCGGACGCCCUCUCUGAAGGUGCGGGGCGUGUUGCACAUGAUCUCGUUCCACCUGCUUAUGCGGCCGAAGUGGAAUUGGACCCGAACGCGACGUAUCUCUACGGAGCUGAUGGCGCAGUUUUGGUGGAUCCAAUGAACAACAAGCCUAUCACGGACGACUGGUGGAACGGCUUCAUUGGCUUCCAGUCUGAGUUGAUCAAGUCCAUUGAUAACAAGCUCCGCGAAGUGGGCGUAGAGCAGGCCUUCGGCUGGACCAUCGUUUUGUACACGGCCUUCAUCAAGCUGGUGUUCUUCCCCUUGCAGCAGGGGCAGCUGAAGAGCACCUCCAUGAUGCAGCUGCUGAGCCCCAAGGUGAAAGAGAUCCAGGAGAAGUACAAGGAUGACCCGGACACCCAACAACGGCUGCUUGGACAGCUGUACUCGGUCAUGGACGUGAACCCGCUUGGUGGCUGCCUGCCUGUGUUGCUGCAGCUGCCUAUUUUUUGGAGCUUAUACGGCGUUUGGCGGCGCUUGGCAGCGGAGAAGUUCCCUCACUACACAGAGGGAUGGCUUUGGGUUCCUUCUUUGGCGCAGCCCAACCCGGACUUCCAGUUCAAAUAUGAUUGGCUGCUGCAAUUCCAAGAUGGCCAGCCGGCCAUGGGUUGGCAUGACUAUUUGUGCUACCUCGUCUUCCCAGCACUGCUCGUGGGAUUCACUGUCUUCCAACAGCAGCAGGCGCAAACCGGCAGACCGAAGACAUCAGAGGACGACCCCCAGAACGUGGUCUUGCAGGUUCUGCCCUGGAUCUCGGUGUACUUCAUUGGCAGCCUGUCGCUGCAACUGCCGCAGGCAGUUUCCGUGUACUACUCCAUGAAUUCAGCGCUCUCUCUGCUGCAGACGCAGGUCGUGAAGCUUGGUCUGCGCCAGGAGAUUGUAGGCUAUGAGGAGUUCGAGAGGACCGGCAAAUUCCCCGACGGCGCCUUUGAGGACAUGGUGAGGCAGUCAACGCCAGCUCCCAAGAAUUUGCAUGAGGCUGCCUUGCGGGGUGAGGUCAGCUUCAUCAACGAGAUGCUUGAUGAGGAAGCCGAAAUCGACAAAUGGGACGAGAAGAAGAUCGCGCCUCUGGGCUAUGCAGUGGCAUGUGGCCAUUUGGAGGCAGUGAAGCUCCUGCUGGCGCGAGGCGCUGACGUCACUCUCAAGGAUGGCCAGGACAACACAGUGCUGCACUAUGCUUCUGGCUAUGGACAUAUGGAAGUGCUCAAGGAGCUCAUCCAGGCGUGCGAGGAGAAGUGGCCUGACCAGUCAUGGAAGGACUUCCGGAACAGCAAGGGGCAGACUGUGGUCGACGCGGCACGUGCAAACCGAAAGGGGCAGGUGGUUGACUAUCUGUGCGAGCUCUUGGGCAUUGACGUCCAGACCGUGAAGCUGCCCCCGGCACCUGGCGGACCAGGAGGAGAGUCCUCGGAUGCCGACCGGGCCCGUGCAGCGCUGCUGGCGGCAGCAGGGGCCGCUGACAAGGCGGCGCCGGCAGGCGCUGGGCAGGCCCCAGCAAGCCCGCCCGACACCUCAGCCAUGCGAGCGGCAGUGGAGAAGCUGCGGUCGAACCCAGAGGCACUGGAACAGGCCAAGAAGAUGAUGGGCAAGAUCCCCCCGCAGAUGUUGCAGAUGUUGUCCGGCAACAAGAUCUCUACCGAGCAGGCAAAGAAGGCCAUGGAUGCCAUGGCAGACAUGAGCACAGAGGACCUUCUGGAGCGAGCAGAUUCGGUGAUGAAUAAAGAGACGGUGCCUCCUGCGUCACUGCCGCCGCCCAGCUCAAACAAGCCGGCCCGCUCAGUGGAUUGAGGAUGCCUUGGAUCUGCUGAGAUGGCCGGGGUAUAGCUAGGUGCUCUUGGAUGUCCCUGGCACCUAUCAGACACCCCCACUUUGACCCGGGAAACCCGGAGAUGUGAGCAAGCAAGUCAGUCCGGGACUGAGAUAUCGCCUCCCAAACCCACGCCCAAGUGCUGGCGUGGCUCAUUUUUCUACUCAUCAGCCUGGAGCAUUUGUCUCAGCUGGGCUGAAGUGAACAGAGCAGUCUUGACCCCAUUGUUGCC